AUGUGGGAAAUCCGGAAAGGAAAGGCGAAGAAUCUUACAACCCCUGAUUAUUUUUUGAGGAAGUGGCAGGAAACUUGGAACACUUUUGAAUACAAAGAGAAGUGUGAGAAGUUUUCUGCCAAUAGGCGCAGUGAGCCUGGAGGUUCAGGAUCUGGCAUUUCCAGGCACGCAUGCGGUUCUGUUUCACAGUACACCCACCAGCGGAGGAUGAGGGAAAGACUAGGCAGAGAACCACAUCCUCAUGAGCUUUUUGAGGCCACACACAAGAGAAAGGGGACGGAGGAGUUUGUUGAUGCGAGAUCAAAAGCUAUUUAUGAUAAAUACGUACAGCUGAAGGAGGCUGCUACACAUCAAUAG